AUGAAUGCAUCCCCCACCGACUGGCAAACUGUGGGCCAUCGCAAGCGGGACGAAAUCCAAGCCCGUAUUCGUCCUUUCCUACCCGCCGACAACAACUUUCGACCCCCACCGGCAGAGGAACUGCAAGACGCACGAGAAUACGCCCGGGGAUACCUGGACGACACCGAGCUUCACCUGACGGAGGGUCUAACAGCGACGGAGCUGACGGAACGGAUCGCCGACGGGCAGAUUUCCGCCAAACAGGCGGUUGUGGCGUUCUGUAAGCGGGCUGCGAUGGCCCAUCAGCUGACCAACUGUCUGUCCGAGGUGUUUUUCGACGACGCCAUCCGUCGGGCGGAGGAAUUGGAUCGACAUCUGGCCUCGCACGGCCCUGUUGGCCCGCUUCACGGCCUCCCUGUCAGCCUGAAGGAUCAAUUCCGCGUCGAUGGAGUCGAAACCAGCUUGGGUUAUGUGUCGUGGCUGGGCCAGAGGGACACCGAAACCUCCGAGUCCCUGAUUGUCCAGCAUCUCAAGGCCAUGGGGGCCGUGCUGUACGCUAAGACGAAUGUGCCGACUAGUUUGAUGGCCAUGGAGACAAACAACAACAUUAUUGGCUACACUGUCAAUCCCUUUAAUCGAUUGCUCUCGUCAGCGGGAUCCUCGGGCGGCGAAGCAGCCCUUUUGGCCAUGCGAGGCAGCGUCAUUGGCCUCGGCUCUGACUUUUCGGCUUCGGUCCGUCUGCCAUGCAGUGCGCAAGGCUUGUAUGGACUUAAGCCCUCCCAUGGAAGACUUUCAUACCUCCGCGUGGCCAAUAGCAUGGAAGGUCAGGAUCUCAACAACUCCGUCAUUGGCAUCAUGGGUCACGACGUCGAUGAUCUCGCCUUCAUGACGCGUAGUCUGCUGUCUCGGUCUCCGUGGGAAGACGAUCCCAAAGUGGCCCCCAUUCCCUGGACACAGGCUAAAUUCGACGACACAUUGGCUCGAGGAGCCAACCAGCGGUUGACAUUCGGGGUGCUGCGAUGUGAUGGCGUCGUUCAACCUCAUCCUCCGGUGGCUCGCGCAAUCGAGGAGGUUGUACAGGCCCUUCAGGCUUGGGGACACGAAGUAAUUGAAUGGUCGCCACCGAACCACGCCGAGGCUUUUGAUAUUCUGUGGAACAUCUUCACAUCUGACGGCGGCCGUGACAUCCACACCGCACUGCAAGCCAGCGGCGAGGACCCAAUCCCCCAGAUCGCAGCCGUAUACGGCUCCAAACCAGGCCAUCUCCCAAUGAAAUCCCUGCACGAGACAUGGCAGAUCUCCACCCGUCGCAACGACUUCCAGACCUCAUAUCUCCGCUACUGGAAGAGUACCGCGGAGUUGACACGCACCGGCCAACCCGUCGACUUCAUCCUGAUGCCUACCGCACCCACUGCAUCCUUCCGUCCCGGCCAGGCUCUGUAUCCGGGAUACACGGGAGUAGUGAGCAUUCUGGACUUACCGGCCGUGGAUGUCCCAGCUACGCGUGUCCAGGCUAGUCAGGAUGAAUGGCAUCAUCGGGACGAGUUCUUUAACGAUUUCGAUCGACAGAUCUGGAUGCAGUAUGACAAGAACGUGUUUCAUAAUGUUCCGGUGGGAGUGCAGGUCGUGGGACGGAGAUUGGAGGAGGAGAGGGUGUUGGCGGGGGGGCGUCUCGUGGCUGAAUGUUUGCAGAAGGUGAGCUGA